UUCCCGGUGUUGAAGAUCACGAGAAUCUGGCGUGAAGAAAAUAAAAAUAGAUCUUCGAUUAUUUUUAUAAAGUGUGACGUUACCUAGCAAACAAACUACACACACUCACCGAGCUAAACAUUACAGUAUUUUUCUUGUAGUUGAAAAAGCUCUGAAGUGACAAAAAACACUGUAAUGUUUAAUUCCUUGCUGAACUCUGUUAUUAGUCAAGCUCAUUGUCAAGAGGUGGGGGGCUGGUUACUUAAAGCGGGCCGACACAGAUCGACUCCAUGAAAUCUUCCUGAAGUUUGCAACUGUUGACAAAAAUGGCGAAAAGUUCAUCACCAGUGAAGAUUUUGUUCGGAAAUUCCUUGGCCUAUUUGAUGAAGAUGACUACAACAAGCAGUCGGUGGAGCUCAUCGCAGGCAUCGUGGACAUGGACAAGAACGGGCUCAUUUCGUUCCCGGAGUUCCAGGCGUUCGAGGGACUGCUGUGUGUCCCGGACGCGCUGUACAAGACUGCCUUUCAGCUCUUCGACACCAACGGGAAUGGGCUGGUGGCUUUCGACGAAUUCGCCGAGGUCAUGAACAAGACGGUCCUCAACAAGAAGCUUCCCUUCAACAUGGAGAGCACAUUCGUGCGCCUCUACUUCGGCAAGGACAAGAAGCGGCUGGUGACCUACUCCGAGUUCAGCCAGUUCCUCCACGACUUCCACGAGGAGUACGGAGUGGAGGCCUUCAAGAAGUGCGACAAGGACGGCUCGGGGUUCAUCUCGGCCGCUGACUUUAAAGAGAUUAUGCUGAGCAUCAAGAGCCAUCUGCUGACCAAGGAAAUGAAGGCUAAAGUUAUUGAUACGUCAAACUUCCCACAAGGCACCCGCAAGAUCAGUUUCCCCUACUACAUGGCGUUCACGUCUCUCCUAAACAACAUGGAGUUGAUAAAACGUGUCUACUUGAACGCAACCAACGGCCACAGAACACAGGAGGUAACGAAGGAAGAGUUCCUCCACUCCGCACAAAUGAUGAGCCAGAUCACGCCGCUGGAAGUCGAUAUACUGUACAUGCUGUGCGACGCGAUACAUAAUACUAAUGGACGCAUAGUAUACAAUGACCUGAACACGAUAACCCCGGAACAGUACUUCAAGCAAGUGACGAGGCGAGUCGCCGAAAUAAAGGCCGUUUCGAGCCCUGAAGACCGUGGUGUGUUGAUACAGAUAUUGGAGAGCACUUACAGAUUCACUCUCGGUGCUAUCGGUGGUGCCGUGGGUGCUUCAGCUGUGUACCCCAUUGACUUGGUGAAGACUCGGAUGCAGAAUCAAAGAACUGGAUCCUUCAUCGGAGAAGUCGCCUACAGAAACUCAUUCGAUUGCUUCAAGAAAGUGAUAAGACACGAGGGCGUUUUCGGUUUAUACCGAGGACUCAUACCGCAGCUGAUUGGUGUAGCUCCUGAAAAAGCCAUCAAACUUACAGUAAAUGAUCUGGUGCGUGACAAGUUUAUGGACAAGAAGGGCAACAUCAGCAUCUGGGCAGAAGUACUGGCCGGUGGUUGUGCAGGAGGUUCGCAAGUAGUGUUCACGAACCCGCUAGAAAUAGUAAAGAUCCGUCUCCAAGUGGCGGGAGAGAUCGCGGGUGGGAGCAAAGUCAGUGCGCUGUCUGUGGUCAAGGAACUCGGGUUGUUCGGACUGUACAAGGGGGCUAAGGCCUGCCUGUUGAGGGAUGUACCCUUCAGUGCUAUCUACUUCCCCGCCUAUGCUCAUGUUAAGACGAAGUUUGCUGACGAGAACGGCUACAACCACCCGCUGACGCUGCUAGCGGCCGGAGCUAUAGCGGGCAUCCCCGCCGCCUCGCUCGUCACCCCCGCCGACGUCAUCAAGACCAGGCUACAGGUGGUGGCGCGAUCAGGUCAGACGACGUACAACGGCGUGUGGGACGCGGCGCGCAAGAUCUACGCGGAGGAGGGCGCGCGAGCGUUCUGGAAGGGAGCCGUCGCGCGAGUGUUCCGCUCGUCGCCUCAGUUCGGAGUGACGCUCGUCACGUACGAGAUCCUGCAGCGACUGUUCUACGUCGACUUCGGAGGAUCGCGACCGACGGGCUCAGAACUCCACGUCUCAAGCCCCAUCGAGGAAGUAGUGAAGAAGCCACACCACAUUGGCGGCUACCAAGUCGCCAUCCCGGUCCUCACUGGACUGGAGACCAAGUUCGGCAUCUCCCUCCCUCGCUUCUCCAUCGCCAAGCCCGCACCGCCGCAAUAACUCUUUGUAACACUCUCCUAAGGUAUCAUUCUGGAAGAAAGACUAGAGGGCAGCACUUGUGGUGUGGCCGCAAGCUCUCUUGUGAUUGGUUGGCGAGGUAAAAAUGUUGAUUGAGCAAUACUCUGAUUGGCCGUGUCGGUGCUGCCGGUUUCGCCAGUUGUUAUCCGUAACGAAAAUUUAUACGAUUAUGCGAUCUUUAAGUUUUUUUCUCGUAGUGAUUGGGGAAAAAGGAAAAAGACACUCGAUUAUUUUUAUUGCAGUUAUGUAUGUUUUUAAGUGUAAAUGCUAUGUUAUCAACAUUUCCAGUGCAGUUUUGUAAGCUUUUAUAAGUUAUAUUUUUAUCUAUUUACGUUUUGUUAAGUUAUUCUUUCUCAUAUUCGGAGGGGUAUAAAAAUACGAGACUUUUGAGGAUUUUUAAAAAUUUAUGAAUCAUUGCUUUUGUAAGAAACUGCCAUUUUUAGCAUUUUUUUAAUGUACCAAAUCACGUAGGAAAGUUUUUAUGGGUUUUUAUUACGCUUUUGCAGUUUGUUUCGCUACAAUCUCGGCCUAUCACAUGGUUUGAUAUCAGGCAUUCAAUAAUAUGAUUAUUGAACAAUUUAAGAGUACUAAAUAUAUUCUUCCUGUUUCAAAAACAAGGAAAAUAAGAAUAUGUGUUGUUAAAAUCUAGAACUAUUAACAGGUAUUGUCGUAUCUCAUACAUUUUUAUAGUUUACAUUGAGAUUAUUUUUCUUAAUAAAUAAACGAUUUGCGUAAAACAUAGGUUAUGUACUUUAGGCCAUAUUUUAUUGUAUUUUAAGCUGCUUACCUGCGUAUAGAUAGAUACAUUAAUUAGUAGAAAUCUUCUAAAUAUUGUAAGCUAAGUAAACUAUUUUAUAUGCACUGCAGACAAAGUUUACACAGUUAUAUUUUUACUAUAAUUAUAUCCUUACUGCUCUUUUAUCAAUAUUAUAAGCAGAUAAAUAUACCUACCUUCCAGUUUCAAAAGAAAUCUAUAAUUUAAAAAUUACCUAUGAGACGUAAUUAGAUGAUAUCUAUAUUUUUGUCCAGUAUUCAAAAUAUAACAUGAGCGAGCUUCUUCAAGAAAUCGGUCAAAACAUAUCUUGGUGACCCUUGCAGGGUCAAAGUAAUUGUGAAUUUUCUAAAAGCAAUUUUUAUUUAUUUUCAAGCAAUAUUAAUUUUGCUCAAUACUAUUGAUUGAACACUUUAAAUGUAAUUUACAGAUGCACAAUUUUAACGCGAAUGUGGUAUAAAUAUAAUAAGUAACUAUUAAAUGUUAAUAAUUUUGUUGUAUAACAACAUUGUAAAAUAAAAUAUAGGAGUUAACGACGAGUGAUAUAGAUCCAAUGUGACUACUAUAUUUAUUGAUAUUGUAUAUUUUUUGUGUUAAAAAUAAAUCAAGUAAAACAUUA